GCGACGGAGCGCCGCGCUGCGCAGUCGGACGCGGAGCCGCGUCGGCGUACCUGUGACGUAGUCGUAACCGGACGGAAGCCCGCCAUGCAGCUGAGCGCGUGGGAGCCGUGCCACUUCCUCUUCCUGUUGUGCGUGCUGCUGCGGAGCUGCCGCUGCGGCUCCGCGAGCCACAACGCGGGCGUUCGCUACCCGGACGGGAGCGCGCCGGCACGCGCCGCUUCGAGCAAUGUCACGCUGAACCGCGCGAGAUACGGCGGGCGCGGCGCGGGCGCGGCGGCGGAGAGAGGCGAGCGAGGCCAGAUCGGAUGCAGGGAGCUGAGGUCCACCAAGUACAUCUCAGACGGCCAGUGCACCAGCGUCAACCCCAUCAAGGAGCUGGUGUGUGCCGGCGAGUGUCUGCCGGCCCAGAUUCUCCCCAACUGGAUCGGCGGCAGCUACGGCAGGAAGUUCUGGAGUCGGCGGAGCAGCGAGGACUGGCGAUGCGUCAACGACAAGACGCGCACGCAGCGGAUCCAGCUGCAGUGCCAGGACGGCAGCGCGCGAACCUACAAAAUCACCGUGGUCACGUCCUGCAAGUGCAAGAGGUACUCCAGACAGCACAACGAGUCGGCUCACAAGUUCGAGGAGUCGGGCCUGCGUCAGCCUCAGCUCCUCUCCAAACACAAGUCCAAGAGCAAGGGGAAGCUCGGCAAAAACAGACUCGCCGAGAACUGGUACGAGAUGGAGCCCUAAGGGUCUCCAGGACCUACCCAUCGCCAGACCUGGAACCGCUUCAGUCGCCAUGUGCAACACGUGCAGAGGGAUUUGGAUCUGUGACGGUACUCGUGCAGAGACAGAAUGACAAACUUGCAGUUUCACGGUGACCUACAGGGGCUGAAGUGGUGGACUGUCCCUUAAGCGGGGCAGCAGGCACCUCACUGGAAAACUAAGGACGCUAUGGACUUUCGGAGACUGUCCUCCGUAUUAGAGGGUACACACGGUCAUAUGGGUUGGAGGAGUUGUAGUCUUGAUGUGGUAACAUGCCUGGCUUAAGAUCACAUGCAGCAUCGGGGGGGCUGUGGUCGGUAAAGCAUCCUGGACCCCCCAAACCUUCCAUCACCGCCCCACAUACAGCCACGCGCAUGCGCUCCUCUGGCAUGCAGAGGGAGUGAGCAGCCCACCUGCCCCGGCACUGCACAUUACUCAACACCGUUAGUAUGCCGUGGAAACACAAACCCCAGCGAGUAGCCGCCACACGUGUGAAGACUUGUACAGUUAGGGAACGCUUACUUGUCUCCGACGAUCACGUGUCGUAUGAGAGCUACUAUAAGAUGAGUGAUGUCAUAUAUUUGGGGGGGGGGCCGUGUGUGACAGGUCAUGGUGAAGACCAUCGACAGAGCAGCGCGGCUGUGGUCAACGAGCUCUCUCGGGGAAAGCUUUUGUCACUGUUCAUUCUUGUAAUGUCUGCAUAUGCAAUAAAUACCGCUUUUCAUUA